UAAACUCUACUCCUUAACCAACUAAUACAAACCAACUAUAUAUUUCACUCUUCAAAACACAGAAAAAAAAAAAAAACAAAAGUGAAAGAAGAAAACAAAAGGAAAUGGCAACAGAACUUGAAAUUACGGAGCUAAGGUUGGGACUUCCAGGGGGGAAAAUGGAGAAAAAUGAGAAGAAAAGGGUGUAUUCUGAAAUUACAUGCAGUGACCAAAACAGCAGCAACAACGUUAAUUACGAUGAUGAUAAUUAUAAGUACUGUCAAAACAAGAAUCAAGUUGUGGGGUGGCCGCCGGUGUGUUCUUAUCGGAGAAAAAACAGCUUUAAAAUGUACGUCAAAGUUAGUAUGGAUGGUGCGCCAUUUCUGAGGAAAGUUGAUUUGAGCAAUCACAAGGAUUAUUCUCAACUUGUUAUGGCUCUUGAGAAGCUCUUUGACUGCUAUGGAAUUGGGAAAGCAUUAGAGGAUGCAGACAAGUCAGAGUACGUUCCGAUAUAUGAAGACAAAGAUGGAGAUUGGAUGCUUCUUGGCGAUGUUCCAUGGCAAAUGUUCAGUGAGUCAUGCAAAAGGCUAAGGAUAAUGAAGAGAUCGGAUGCAAAGGUUAUAGGGAUUGGCGCAAGAGACUUUCUCAAGAGAAAUGAGUAAUUAUGCAUGUUUACAUAUGUAACUGUAAUCUUAGGGGUGAUGCGAACACCCUAGACUUAAGUUAUGAUUUCCUCUUAAUUAUUCUAAUGACUAUCUAUUUUCGUCAAUAAUUUGGCUAUGUGAACCCAAAUAUUGUGCUUAAAUUGUGGCCAGCAGCUAACGCACUAGCAUUUGCUACCCUUAUCUUUUUCCCUUGUUUCAAUUCACUAAUAUUCUUGGUA